AUGGCGUUGAGUAAUGGAUACAACAGUAUCUUGCUGCACCUCAUUCUGCCACCCAUCAAUAUACGACCCAUCACUGUGUUAUCCAUCAUUGUACCACCCAUCAAUGUACCACCCAUCAUUGUGCCACCCAUCACUGUGCCACCCAUCACUGUACCACCCAUCACUGUACCACCCAUUAUUGUACCACCCAUCAAUGUACCAUCCAUCAUUGUGCCACCCAUCACUGUGCCACCCAUCACUGUGCCACCCAUCACUGUGCCACCCAUCACUGUACCACCUAUUAUUGUACCACCCAUCACUGUGCCACCAAUCAAUACACUGCCCACCACUGUGCUACUCAUCACUGUGCCCCCCGUCGAUGUACCACCCAACAUUGUGCCACCCCUCAAUAUACGGCCCAUCAUUGUGUCACCCAUCACUGUACCACCCAUCACUGUGUCACCCAUCAUUGUACCACCCAUCGUUGUGCCAUCCAUCAUUUUGCCACCCAUCAUUAUUUCAUCCAUCCGUAUCACUCAGCAUUGUGCCAUCUAUAAGUCCCUCCCUGCCAACCAUUAA